AUGCAACUCUUCUCAGCUCUCACCUUUACUGUGGCUACCACACUCCUCACCUCCGUUCAUGGAACUGCCACUAUUGGCCAAGCCUGCAGCGGCAGCAGCACUUAUGACUGCACCGACGAUUUCAACGCUGUGGCAAUCUGUAACGGCGCACGAUGGGUAGAGGCCGCCCAGUGUGGAGGUGGAUGCUGCGCCUGGCCCUUGGGUGACCCCGCUCCGUUCUCACAGAGCCACACCUUGAGUGUAUUUGGUCUUGUCGCUGGCAAAGUUCGGGGUCAUUGUCUUAGUAUCUCUUGUGGAGUUAUUUCAUCUGUGAUGUAUAUACGUUCUAUGAGUGACUGUGUGGUCGUGUCCGAUGCAAUGACCUAUUCGGUCAUUAUGGACGAGCUGCGUACUCCGGAUGAACUAGAAAAUUCCGAGGACACGGAUUUACGUCCCAAGAAACCCAGUCAAUUUCUCCUUUCAACGAAGUAA